AAACUCUACUUAUGGUCGGUUGAUUAAGGGGUCAGUAGGAGUUACCAGUGAGAUUAAACUGGGAUCUAAGGCAACUUAAUGCGAUAUCACAAGAGUCCUCGGACUUCAUGCCAUUUUCAGGUGCAUUUACGUUAGUUUGGUAGCUAGCUAGCCAGCCUAUCAGUUAACGCUAACAAGCCACUCAAGAAACUGAAGAUGUCCGACUCCGACAUAAUGUCUUCAACUGAAGACAGAGCCAAGGAGAUUUUGAAGGGUUUUAAACUAAACUGGAUGAACCUGCGUGAUGCUGAGACUGGGAAGGUGCUGUGGCAGGGAACAGAGGACCUGUCUCUUCCUGGGGUUGAACACGAAGCCCGAGUCCCCAAAAAAAUCCUCAAGUGCAAAGCUGUGUCCAGAGAGCUAAAUUUCUCUUCGUCAGAAAAACUGGAAAAGUUCCGCCUUGAACAGAAGGUUUUCUUCAAAGGCCAAUGUUUAGAAGAAUGGUUCUUUGAGUUUGGCUUUGUGAUUCCCAACUCCACAAACACAUGGCAGUCUUUGAUAGAGGCAGCGCCAGAGUCUCAGAUGAUGCCCGCAAAUGUUUUAACUGGGAAUGUUGUUAUAGAGACCAAGUUCUUUGAUGACGACCUUCACGUCAGCACCUCCCGGGUACGACUUUUCUACGUCUGAAGAGUGGUCACAGGAUGCCAUGUUCAAAGGAGUGCAUUUGUCUUCUACAGUGACAGCAGCACGAAAGAAACCAAAAUCCAACCAAGAUCACACUGGCUUCUUGGCAGACAAGACUUUUUGUAUGUAAAUAUAUAUAUAUAUGGGCAAUGACCAUGCUCAUGACAGACAACCAUGUAAAUUAUUUUAUUUGUACAUUAUUUUUUCCUUGUCAUUCCAGAAAUGUAACCCUAAGAUGUACACUGCUCUUGUAACCUUGCAUUUGUAAUUUUUGCUUUCAGUUGAUGUGGUUGCUGAUAUUCUCAUUGUUUGGAUUUUUUUUUAGAUUUAACUAAAUCUGUAAAAUAGGCUGUUUAUUACUACAUGAAUUAAAAGAUGUCA